ACCCCAUGGGGAUGCCCGCGCUAGUCCAGCCACGAGGCCCAGUGGCGCCUAAGCCGUAUAAAACAAACGGUGACUCUUCUGCUGCUCUUCUUCCUUCUUCACCGCUGCUGGCAAUAUUACAAGGCCCUCACAUGCUUCGUUUGAAGUGGUGAGUCCUUGUCCGGGCGCGUCCGAUCCAAAAGCUCUCACGCUUUAUUCACUCUUUUACCCUCCCCUCCGCCCAGCCCAUCUCUCGUUUGGGAAAGCAAACAAUCGCCAACUUCGAGACAUCACGGAGCGCAUUCCCGGAUCUCUCGCCGUCGCAGCCAUGUUCAAAAGAAGCUUCCAUGCCUUCUCAAAGGACAGAGUUGAGAAGGCGAAGAUCCCCAAGCGCUCGUUUCGCGAUGUCACGAGACAGAGGAUGCGCGAGGCUCUGAACAACCCGGCAAUCUCCCUCGACGCAUCGCCUUCAAUGAGCGAUGCCUCGCCCAAGGUCAACUCGUCAAUCGUCACGAUUGCCGUGGGCAGGGACAAGAGGCUGUUCGCCGCGCAUGAAGACGUGCUCUCCCGCUCGCCUUGGUUCGCCGAGAAGUGUCGUGAGCACUUCUUCGAGCCCUCGGGCAAGCGUUUCGACCUUCCCGACGAGGAGCCGGAGAUCUUCUCGGCCGUGUUGGAGUUCCUCUACAAAGGCGACUACACUCCCCGCCUCCUGCACGACAGGAAGCGCGGCACGUGGUCGCUGGAGGGUGCGACAUUCACCGCCGAAGAUCUGACCACCACCCCUCGAUCCGACCGUACCGCCGCCACUCCGAAAAAGUUCGUCGGCUUCAACGAGUCCGCGACAAUCUUCCAUUCCGGGGUAGGCGACUAUGUCCUCCGGGAUACCGUCGUCUACUGCACUGCCUUGCGCUUCGGCCUGCCCGAGUUGCAACGCCUUGCUCUUCGUAAGCAAGGCUUGCAAUCCGGCAUCGACGUGGCGACCAUCCUGCGCAGUGCACGCUUUGCGUAUGCAAACACGCCCGCCAGCGACUCGAGGCUCCGCGCUCACUACCUCGCCCUCAUCAUUCGCAGCCGCAAGGUCUUCAAGAGAAGCGGCACGAUGCAGAUGGAGAUGGAGAAGGGUGGCACGCAACUGUUCUUUGAUUUGUAUGUUGCGCUGUGUAAUCACAUCGACGAUCUUAUGGAGAUAGGCCAAGGUCGAUCUCCAGUCGUCGAUACGUGACGAACACAACACAACAAGACAUCAAUGCAGCUCGGAGCACCGAAACGAAAUUGGGAACCCACUCAUCUCACUCCUUUACACCACCAUAAUUCAGCAAGGUUAUCGACUUCUCUCAGCAUUAUUCACAGACUGGAAACCCACGCACACUCGUU